AUGAAGAUUAAUAGUAAAACUAAAAUUGUUAGUCAAAAUAUUAUUUUAGUACCAUAUACUGAGAAACAUGUACCAAAGUAUCAUGAGUGGAUGAAAUCUGAGGAAUUACAAGUAUUAACUGCAUCCGAACCACUUACAUUAGAACAAGAAUAUGAUAUGCAAAAGUUAUGGCAAGAAGAUGAAGACAAAUGCACUUUUAUAAUACUUGAUAAGCAAAAAUAUGAAGUAGACAAUAAUGAGAUAGAUGCCAUGAUAGGUGAUACAAAUAUUUUUGUCAAGGAUCUUGCUCUAGGAGAAAUUGAAAUAAUGAUUGCAGAAGAAGCUGCUAGAGGUAGAAAGUUUGGCUGGGAAGCUGUUAUUUUGAUGUUAAUAUAUGGCAUUGAUUUUAUUGAAUUAAAGAAAUAUGAAGCAAAAAUUUCAUUUUCAAAUGAGAGAAGUAUAAAUAUGUUUACUAAACUAGGAUUUAAAGAGGAGUCGCGAAGUAUUAUAUUUAAUGAAAUUACUUUUGCUAAAACUGUAACACAUGAAUGGUGUGUAUCACUUAAAGAUAAUUUUAAGUAUGUAAUAAAGAAUUAUGUUGAUUAA